UAACGAUACUAAUUUCAGUACUACCAAUAACAAAUGUCCUUUAACUCCAUACGACAAUUUUUUGUAUAUGGAGUUGCGUCGGACUGGUUUGUGUUUCUAAUGUUUAUGAAUAAUAAUAAUGCAAAUGUAAUUUGCACAUUACGUGUUUAUUUGAUGAUGUGCUAAGUGUUAAUUUCAAUUUGUCGCAUUUUCAUAUCUUGAUUUGAUUAAUGUCAGCCAUGGAAGCCAAUGUGCAAGACGAAGAAAAAGCUGUGGUCUCACAAAGUCUUAGAGACUACCAAAGAGCCCUUGGGCCAUUCACUAACGAUGCAGAUAAGAAAAAUUUAUUUUGGAUGGGAGGCGUGAUGGACUGUUUCUCAACAGUUUUAUCAAUUUUUGGGCGUACAGAUUUGAAAACAUCAAAAGAAGAUGAAUGGGAAGUUCCAUUUGAAGCGAUUACUGAUAUGGUGUACUUGGGGUCUGGCGCCCAGGGUGUAGUGUUUGGAGGAAACCUGCGAGGCGAAAUGGUGGCUGUCAAAAAACUACGUGAUAAGAGUGAGACAAAUAUUAAACACCUGAGGAAACUCAAUCACGAAAAUAUUGUACGCUUCCGUGGUGUGUGUACGCAAGCUCCAGUGUAUGGGGUGAUCAUGGAGUUCUGUCAGUACGGGCCCCUGUUCGAGUUCCUCCAUAGUGGUGCGUGUUUCGCUCCCAAGCAAAUACUCAAGUGGGCGAAAGAGAUAGCGCACGGGAUGACAUAUUUACAUAAUCAUAAGAUCAUUCACCGCGACCUUAAAAGCCCUAAGUGAGUUUUAAAUUAAAAGAAAUUAUUUUUCUGCCCUUAAGUUAAUGCUAUAAUUAAUGCAAUUGAACGGCAGCGACGUCUAUAUAUAUAUAUAUAUAUAUAUAUAUAUAUAUAUUAUCUAGCCUUAAUCAAGUUAUUUCUUACAGUAUACUUAUAGCAGACAACUUGGUAGUGAAGGUGAGUGACUUUGGAACUAGCCGAGAGUGGGAUGAUGUCAGCACAAUCAUGAGCUUCACGGGAACAGUAGCGUGGAUGGCUCC